UUGGGGACGGGGACUCUACUCGUCACCUGCAGUAGCUACGCGGAACCACCGCCGCGCGCCCAAUGAAGCUGUCGCUGCGACGGACGCAGUCACACCGGCGUCAAUGACUCCUCUGCUCGCCAGCAUCGAUCGCAUCAACGCUGCUCUGGAAGCUGCACUGACACAGCCUCCACCGCCGACCGGGACAUUGCGUGUGUGCCACGCAACGGAAGACGAGUGGAACGCGUUUGCUGACAGCGAGGAUCCAAUCGUUCGACUCAAUUAUCUUGAAUGGUUUCCUGACACGGAAGAGAUUCACAUCAUCGAGUUUGCCGACGCUCCCCACGAAGAUUACGCUGAGGAGCUAAACGAUCAAUUUCGUAAGCGGCAUGUCAAGAGAUGGCCGAAAGGCCACAUGGCCGCCAAGAAUUCUCAAGGGCGACGAUGGUGUCCAGAUCUCAGUUAUGGACCACACGAAGACACACCGCACUCCGUGCUUCCGCCAAACAUUCCAAUUUUUGCAGACUUUCGGACGAUCAAGGUUGAAAUUGGAGUUUCUCAGCAGUGGGGCAUGGCACCAGGAGAGCUCGACCACAAGGCGAUGGCGAUAUGGGCUGUGAUGCCAGGAGUUGAGUACGUGCUGUGUGUGAAAUUCGAGCCCGACUUUACGAAUGCGGAAUACAAGUUGUAUGAUGCUCGCGUCAAUCCACUCGUGCAGCUGGCUCCACUCCCAAUCGUCGCUCCAAGAACCGUGAUCCAGUUGGACGGACGUCGAAUCCUUGGUAUUCCACCAGGGAUGGCGCUCCCGGUUGGGUUUCCUGCAACUCUGUUGGUGGAUUUGUACUCUCCAUUGGUCUGUGCAAUGCGUCAAUAGACGUCCAGCAAUCUAAUCUCUUGCGCAGCAACUGCCGAGUCAGAAUAAUAAUCUGUGAUUGCACCAUUUAAAAAAAAGGCAAGAACACAUUGUGAUCCUGAAUGAGCGAAAAUACGGAGGUUCAAAUGGUGGCCACCUCGAUUCUCGUUAUCAGAAGCGACGAUAUCAGUUAUGGAACACAUCAGUUGUUAUGAAUUUAGAUAAAUGACGGCCAAGUGUCCAUGUUCAGCUCCAAAAAAAUUCCAUUUUUACUUUUACACUUUUUUUUUACUAACCCCUCCUACCCCCCUUUCUUUAUAAUAUUUUCUAUAAGAAUACAGAAAAAGCUGGACACCUGGACACUAAUAACAUACAUUGAUCUAGAGCUGAUAUAGUCGCUUCUCAUCAAAAGAAAGAUGGACACCAAAGCUGGACAGACGUGGCCACUCACCUGGACAGCAACUCAAUGCUCGACAUCUCAGCGCAACC